UGGCGUCACCAGCUCGGAUUCCACCCCCGUUUCUACGUGUUUCCGCCAAGAUGGUGGCUGGAGCAUUUCCCAUCGCUAAAUUGCUGUACCUUGGAGUCCGGCAGCUCAGUAAACCCUUGGCUAACCGUAUUAAGGCUGGUGCUCGCCGGAGUGAGUUCUUCAAACACUACGUAUGCCUACCACCGGCUCAAGUUUACCAUUGGGUGGAGAUGAGCACCAAGAUGAGGAUCAUGGGCUUCCGCGGCGCACACAUUAAGCCGCUGAAUGAAGAAGUGGCGGCUGAACUUGGGGCGGAGCUCCUGGGCGAAGCCAUCAUCUUCUUUGUGGGCGGGGCCUGCAUCAUCGCCGAGUACAGCCGGCAGGCCUCCAACUCUCGGCGCAAGGAGGAGGAGCUAAAUAGCACUUUGCAGAGCCUGCAGCAGCAAGUCGCCGAGUUGUCGCUUGUCACGGAGACUUUGGACGCACAACUGAGGGAAGUCAAUAGACUUGUCCUCACCAACUCUGGCAAGAAAUGAGCCCCCAGACACCCGUCGCCAUGUAUGCGUCCUGCCUGAGGGGGCAAAAAAAAAAAAA